ACGGUGUGCGCUCAAUUUAGUAAUUGCCGUUUGAUUUUCUUUCUUUGAUACUCUUGGUCUAGCGGAAGUCAGCAGGGGCUACAAUGGCGUCCGGUGCAAUCUCUUCCGGCGACAAGUCGAAUUGGACGGCGGAGCGGUGCAAAUUGUUUGAAAACGCUUUGGCGAGGUACGAUGAAGGUGUUCCGGAUCGGUGGCGGAAAGUGGCGGAGGCAGUCGGAGGGACAAACGAGGAGGAAGUGAGAAGAAUGUACGAGAUUCUUUUAUACGAUAUUAGGCUCAUCGAAUCAGGCAAAGUGCCUAUUCCCAAGUACAAGAAGAUUGGUAGAAACAGCGGCAUUAGAAACCAAGAACUAAGGUUGAAGCAUUUGAAAUUGACUGAAGAAUGAAUGCAACCAUGGAGACUCAUAUCGUGUUUUGAUUGAAAAGUAUAUUAGAAUGGCAUAAUUCCUAAAUUUAUCUCUCAAAUAGGAGAGUAUGAAUAGAUUUAUCUUUUGUAA